AUGUCACAAGAAAUUGAUACCAUUCUCAGCACACUUAGAAUGGAGGUAGACCCGGAGUUGGCACCUUUGUUUUAUGAAAUUGAAGAAUACUACGAAAGGAAGCUAUGGCAUCAAUUGACUGAGAAGUUGGAAUUGUUAUUUCAAGAUCCAAGGUCAGUUCCCGUUAGACUGAGGGUGUACCUUAACUUUUUAUCAAAGUUUCAGGAUAAGAUAAAUCAAUUGAAGAUAGUUAACUUUUUGUUACUGUCUAUUAAGGACAGUGAUAAUUAUGAGGAGAAUCUAGGAUUUUUGAGUGAUUUACAAAAGUCUUUCAAGGAAAUUGAUGCCAAGAAGCAGAGAAAUGAUGGUUUGAAAACUCAUUAUGAGGGUAAUUUGUUAAUUGACAUUGAGACUGCUAGAGUGUAUUUAAAAAUCGGCGAUUUAGUGAAGGCUAGGGACUUGUUGAAUGAUAUAAAUGAAACUUUAGACUUGGCAGAUUCGAUUCCUUGGAUUGUCACAGGUGCGUUUUAUUCUGCGAAUGCUGAGUAUUAUCAGCUGAAGCAUGAUUUUAACUCUUUCUAUCAUACGACUUUGUUAUAUCUAUCUACUUUAGAUCCAAGUGUACCAACACUUACGUCACUGGAGCAGCAACAAGUAGCAUACAAUUUAUGCAUUGCUGCAUUACUAGGGGACAAGAUUUACAAUUUUGGAGAAAUAUUACAACACCCAAUUAUGUCAAGCAUCGCUGGAGAUCCAAAAUACCAAUGUUUAUUUCAGUUUUUACAUGCUCUUUCUAUCGGAGAUUUCGAACAGUUCGGGAAAUUAACACAAGAGAGCAUCCCAAAAAUCCCUAUCUUGGCCAAAAACGAAUCCUUUCUCAGACAGAAAAUAUGCUUAAUUACCUUGGUAGAGUCUUUAUUUGCAAAAAGUAUUAGAACUUUAUCGUUCGAGGACAUUGCCAAGGCAACCCACUUAUCCAAGGACAACGUGGAACAUUUAGUCAUGAAGAGUAUUAGUCUGGGUUUAUUGAAGGGCUCUAUUGAUCAAGUUGAAGAACUAGUCACAAUAACCUGGGUGCAACCAAGAAUUAUUAAUGAAGAACAGAUUAAUAAAAUGAAGGACAGAUUGGUGGAAUGGGAUGAACAAGUUGCUAAGUUAACCCGUAAGAUUGCAGCAUCAGGACAAGGUAUUUGGGUCUAA